UUUCCUUCCUUGACGAGCGAUGGCGACGAAGCAGGCGAAGAAGCAGAUCACGCAGGAGACGUUCAACGACUGCGUGCGCGAGAACAUGGAGGAGUUCGAGAUGGACGAAGACGAAGCUGUCGCCGACGCCAUCAAGCAGUUUGAAUCCCAAGGCGUCGACUUGAGCUCGAUCGUCAAGGCGCUGACCACGUCAGUCGUGCAUCCGGUCGUCGUCGCCCUCGAAUCGUUGCGCGCGCUCGCCGCCGAUGCUACGGUCGUCACGCUGGACCAAGCGUCGCCUCACUACACGGUUCUCCUCGCGCACUUUCGCGCGCCCGACGCGGCGACGGCGACCAGCGCCAAAGAGAUGGCCGGCCGCAACGACGGCACGACUCUGCUUCUGCAUCUCUUGCAGGUCAGCGCCGACCAUAGCAUGCAGAUGCAGACGCUUGUUGUGCUUCACGCGAUGGUCAACGGCGUCAAGGACAACCAAGACUUUGUCGGCGUCGACGGUAUUCUGCAGUUGCAGGCGCUGGCUGCGCCGACGACCGCAACGCCGGUCCAGAACGCCGCUCUUGCCGCGCUCAAAACCAUUUGCGCCAAGCACGAGAGCAACAAGAAGCAUCUCAACCCAGCCGGGAUUCGCUUCCUCAUGUCGCUCCUCGAGACGCGGAAAGCGACGACCGACACCAAGCACAUUGGCGACCUCAUCCGCACGCUCACGAUCAACGACGAUCCGACGGCCAUGUUCUCGCAAGCCCACGACAUUGUCAAGCUCUUUGUGGACGAGUCGCUCAUUCCCAUGACGUUCGAGCACAUCAGCGUCGUCGCCUCGGACGCCGAUACGGUCGCGGUCUGGCUCGCCGUGCUCAAGCAACUUGCAGUGACCGAAGACAACUGCCGCAAGAUUGUCGACAGCGGCGCGCUGGACCUUGUGCCCAACCUCCAGGCGACCCAUGCCACGCACCGCGGCGUCAUCAAGCACAGCCUCGGGCUCUUGCGCAACAUUGCCGGCGUCGACGAGUACAAGCACGUGGUCACGACCAUGGUGCCGAGCAUUCUAGCGACGAUGCAGGAGCAUGCACGUGACGCUGGUAUCCAGAGCAUAGCCUGCGCGACGAUCGCGGCCGUGUGCCUGCGCUCGCCUGUCAACUGCCAGAAGGUCGUCAGUCUCCGCGCCCACGUCUGGGUCGCCACGGCCAUGGCGUCUUUUCCCGGACUUCCGUCGCUGCUGCGACAAGCCAGUCUGGCUCUUCGCAACAUGGUCGUUCGAAACGAGGAGCUUCGGCCGCUCGUGCUAGAAGAGCCGCAGGUCGAACUCAUGCUGCGCCACGCCAUGCCACUGCGCGGGUGUGGUGACGAGGCAUAUGCGGCGCUGCGCGACCUGGGUUGCGAUAUCCCGCUCGCCGCGAUUACGCAGCAAGGCUCUUGCAACUUCAACCCGACCAUGGACACGAGCAACAUGCUGCAGUCGUCGGUCGCCGCCAACGCGCGGGCGCCCUUCCCAAUGUCGCAGUAGCUGUGGAACGAGAAUGGCAUAGUACUGGUGUAGCAUUUUUCGCAAUGUAUAAAUCUAUCGACAAAGCAGGCUUACGACAUGGCGGCCCAGCUCUGCUCU